AUGGUUCAAAAUAAAGCAUUCAUAUACAAAUCAAUACCCAAUGGGAUACCAGUUCCUGGAAAGAACCUUAGCAUCGAAGAGGGGACCUUUGACGAGACAGCGCCGCCGCCGAAAGGCGGUUUCACCACCAAGAAUCUAUAUGCUUCUUAUGACCCCGCCCAAAGAGGCUGGAUGCGCGACCCUAGCAUUAAAUCUUACUCUGACCCAAUGAUACCCGGCGAACCUGUCCUCUCUGUUCAAGUUAUCGCAAAAGUGCUAAAGAGCGACAACUUCAAGUUUCCUGAAGUGGCCAUCACGAUUCUAUCGCGCAAUUUCACCGAGGAAUACUCGUUUUUGAAUGAGGGCGCAGCAAAGAGAGCCGAAUGUAUCACACUCACGCCUGGCAUACCUCUGACGGCUCAUCUCAACGUGCUUGGCGUCACGGGCUUAACAGCCUAUGGCUCUUUGAUGGAAAUCGGACAGCCGAAGAAAGGAGAUGUCAUUCUUAUCUCUGCUGCCGCGGGCGCGGUAGGUCAAAUGGUUGGCCAGAUUGCUGUGCGGCUAGGUUUGCAUGUCAUUGGUUCGGUCGGAGAUGAUAAGAAACUCGACUGUAUCGUUCACCAGCUCGGAUUCGCGUCGGGAUUCAACUACAAGAAGGAAAAUCUUGCUGAUGCGAUCAAGACACUUGCUCCCAACGGCUUGGAUAUCUAUUUCGAUAAUGUUGGUGGAGAGCUUCUUGACGUUGCAUUCACAAAUAUGAAAGACUUCGGCCGCAUUAUAGCGUGCGGCACUAUCUCGACGUACAACAACAGCAACGACUCUACCCCGUACGGAUUGAAGAAUUACAGUUCCGUCGUUCGCAGACGGCUUCGAUAUCAAGGUUUUAUCUCCUUUGAUCCAAAUAUCACAAAAUGGAAAGCCGAGCGGGACAAGAACUUGUCCAAAUGGAUCCUCGAUGGGAGUUUCAAGUCGAUCGAUUACAUCACAGACGGUAUCGACAAUGCCAUUGAUGGCUUCCUGGGUAUGCUGGACGGCAAGAAUGUGGGCAAGAGUAUUUUGAAGAUUGCCGAGGAGUAA